AUGGCAUCCAUCUACGUGCCUUUAAUAUACGUCGGCGUCCUAGUCCUAGGGAUGCUCAUCUUCAGCCAUUUCUACCGAAAACGACGAGCACCUAAAUACGAGCCAUGGUUCCUUACCCAUCCUGAGCGAGACGUCUACACAUCCCUCCUAUCGCAAGACCCACCACCACAUGAUGCCCUCCUGAAAGCAGCACUCCUGCAACGAGCUGCCACCGAUGUUCGCAGACUCAUGCGGUUAACGGAGGACAAGCAAGCUCUCAGCCAGCUCUUGCAGAAGGGUUCAAUAAAUGAUGACCUCUGGGCUUCUUUCCAGCAAGCGGAGCGGGAGAUGCAGGCCGAGAUGGUUGAGGUCGUCAGGGAGGCAGCAACAUUCAAGGAGGGAUGGGACAAGACGAUUUUCGCUUCGGCAAAUGAGAUUGUCCUGAACGGACGGCAUAAAGAGCAUUACACGAAAGUGCAGAAGUUACAUGAGGCAAGCAGUAUGUAUCCUCGAUUGCUACUCUCAGACAGAGGUACUGACCAAGUCAGCAGCGGCUCAGGCUGCCCCGCGAAGCGCCUGUACCGAGUCAACGAAGUCUGA